CAGUACUCGCCUCUGGAAAAUAUCAUCUUCAGAAAAAACAAACUGACACUGGACAGGGUGAUGAGGAGCUCAUGGAUUCGCUAGGAUUGGUAGAAGAUGACUCUCGUGCUGGACAAGGGAUUCAAUCGAAGCAAGUCACUAUGCAGGAUCAGGCGACAAGCCCAAUCGUGAUUGAGGAUGAUGCUUCUGAAAAUAAUGAUGAUGAAAGGACACCAGAUGCAUCAAACCGCUCCGCCAAUGUACAAGAUAAUCCGGAGAAUACACCUAAUGAAAAUAGUGGAAAUGAUUCCCAGGAUUCAGCUACGAAUGAUGGGAAUAAUAAUACUGCUCAAAAUCGUCCAUUGAGAC